CUUCUCUCUAGAACCAAGAGGGAUUGCUUUUUUAGAAGUGCUAGAAUCUUCGUAGAAAUUUUCAUAGAUACGGAUUUGGAUUAUAGCAUCUUAGCUAUCACAUCUCGAAACCACACAAGAUGCGUCUUCGUUGCGUCGCUGCGGGUGCAACUCUGGUUGCAGCAGACCCAGGACUCUUCGGAGGGGUAUUCCUAUCUACUUUCAUACUCCAGUGUUGUAAGUGUGACGAAUGAAUGAAGAAAUGUGGGGAACACAGAGAGUAUACCAUAAGCGUCACGCGUGAGGCGGCAGGGUCGCGCGCGAGCAUAAUAAUAUAUAAUAAUGAUAAUAGGUGAACAUUAUUUCCUAUUUAGAAGGUAGAACAUCCUCUAUUAUUGCACGUCAAUUGAUACUCGUUCUCCUUCCUAAUUCCAAGAAAACCCUCUCGUCUCAAUCGAAAAUCUCAGUUGUUCGGUGGAGAUGUAGCUGCGCCGCCACCGCCUGCGCACAAAGAGGAGGCCAAGCAGGCUCCUCCAGCGGCCCCUGUGGUAGAGAAGCCGGUCAGCAAGGCCGUGCAGAAACCACCUCCACCUCCUGCUACCGAAGAGAAGAAGGCUGCUUCUGAGAGUACGGCUGUCUCGGCUGCUACAGAGGAAAAAGCCGCUGCUGUUGCUCCUCCAGCGGCGGAGGAGCAAAAGGCUGAAUCUACGACUGCUGCUACAGAGCAACAAGCCACUAGUGCAGCUUCUUCUGCCUCUCAAGAACAGUCUAGUGGCAUUAGUACCGCCACAUCUCAGUCUAAACAGAAGUCUUCUGCCACAGCCACUGGGAAGGCUGUGAAGCAAUCAGCCUCCGAAGCCCUCGCAGCUGCCCAGUCGCGUCUGCAGGCUGCCCAGACAGGUCUCAAGAACGCCCGCGAGACUGAGAAGGAAGCGAAGAAGGCAGCCGUGGAAGCCGAAAAGCAAGCUUUUGCUACAGCGAAAAGCGCAUAUGCUGUUGCGCAGAAGAAGUUUGCUUAGGACAUGGAAGAUACUGAAAGUAAUAUAUUACUACAACAUGUAGUAGUACUCCUCCUAAGGCCUAUUGGGCUAAUGCUAAGGUCUAUCAACUAUGCAGAGUCUCAUCCUCUAAUAGUCGGCAGAGACAGGCGCCGGCAAAGCAGGCAAAAGCAGUAGCAUCGAAUUGCUUCAGGAAAACCCAGGAUACCAACUUAUGACGGUGAACAUUAUGUUCAUAAUUUUGUAAUGUUUCUGGAUGGAUGAAUGGCUCUGGUUUUUGGUAGCCUGAUUUUGUUCAGAAGGAAAACAAGAAGAGAAUCCUUGGGAUCAAAUUCAGGUUACCAAAUACCAGAGCCAUUCAAUGGAUCCCGUUCAUCAUGUCAACCGGUAGCCACUUGGUGUACUUAUUUUUUCCUUCACUUCGCCUCUAACACUCUAUUGGACCAAGCCGAGCCCGAAAAAGGAGGUGGCGCUUUGUCCCAUAUUCCGGACUUCGCCAAGGCAUACAUCCCUAAGGAUGUGCUGAAGAAGAUCAAGCAGAAAGAGGAAGCUAUUGCCGCCAAGAUCAAGGCUGAGAAGACAGCUGCCGCGGCCGCGAAGGAUGCUCCGAAAGUGCCGGCUGGUGGGGAAGCAGCGGGUAAAGCAGGACAGUUAAGGCUACAAGAACAAGUUUGUUUGUAAAUCCUAAAAAGAUGGGCGUCUCUUCUCUCUCCGGCAUUCAGAUGCUGAGAUGAUGAUGAACUGGUCCGAGGACAUCAAACUGGGACAUCUAGGACAACUUUCAAAGUAAUGUAAAUACUAGCUCAUCCUCAACAUCAUCAGCUUUUUCUCUCAACAUUUUCUUUCCCACUUCUAAAUUCUCCAGCAGCUGCUCCCGCUACAGGACCAAAGCCGUUAGUGUUAUGGCAUGGCUCAUGAAUCUACAAAAAUUUCUUUCUACAGAGAGAAGAUUGAUGCUAGAGUAGUAGCACUUCUCAUAUUCCCUGGCCGAAGCGUCAGAUGCUGUUCGCGCGAAGGCUACGGCGGAGCUCGACGCUGCUGAGAGGAAGUAUGACGCGGCCCGUGGGAAGGCAGAACGCGCUAAGGACGUUGCGGAGAGAAAAGCAGAAGAAAUCUGGGAUGCUGCAGAGCAGAAGUUUGAUUAUGGAUCACGUCAAAAGUAAAGCUGCUUAAAUGAUGCUGGUGAUAUGUUGAUGUAAAAAUAUGGCGAGAGAUCACUCCAUGCAACUCGAUAUGUUCUAGCAGAUAAUGACUCACAUGCUGUAAUAUCGGUCUCUCCUCCUGGCUCUACUCGAGCCUGUGUCGUCCCAGACGUCGGCGCGGCCUGGCCGCAGGACCGCGGACCUUCAACCUUGAAAGCCUUAUAGUCACGACGUGACUACAGGAGUACAACUAGAAGAGAUGAUCUUCUAACCUCUACGCGAACGCGACAUCGCUCGCGACCAAGUGGAGGGGCUCAAGCAGAAAGUUGCGGCAGAGAAGGAGGCAGGAUCCUCAACAUCUACAACUGCGGCAAAGACUCCAUCCUCCACGACCACGUCAGCAACAGGCUCCAAGGCCACCGUCUUGCUUGAGACCUCAGGAAAGGACUCGAUCGCGACUGCGGUUUCGGAUGGAGUUACUGGUAAGUACUUCAGAAUUUACUUACGAGUGUGUGUGUGAGACAGCAGCACUUACUAGUGUGUGUGUGUGAGACAGCAGCUUUUGCACACCUACUUCUAAGAGACAACUCCUUGAAUUUAUCUCGUUAUGAAUACAAAUAUGUACUGUAAUUCAAAGCUCCCUGACUUACAAGCUUCUUUGACACCAUUAUGAUCCUUUCUCAGCAGGCAUCAUCAACAACGAGGCUUCUAUGCCAUCCAUUGUUUCGGAGCAUCUGCCAACGAUCGUCCCUGGUUUGGGGAAGUUGA